AUGGCACGCUUCAAAACCACAGUAGAUCCUCGGAGUAGGCUGGUCGAGGAUGUUGACAAUGCAAGUCCGGCCACCAGACGCACAACCCGUCGUGUGAAACCCAAGGUUGAGACAGAAGACAGCCCUGAAUCAGACUCGAGUCCAGACGUUGAAGACGAAGACGAACAGGAACAUGAACAAGAAACCGUAGACUCAUCUUCUCUGUCACCAGUGCCAGAUGCUGAGUCAGGACUCGAGCCAGAACCAGUACGGAAACGUAGAGGACGACCACCAAAAAAUCCCGCUGCGAAAGCACCAGCCAGACUUUCGGUUGGCGAAAGCCUGAGCGAAACUCCUGUACCAGCUUCUCGACGUUCAGGCGGUAACAAGCGCAAGCAUGACCACGAAUACUGCUUAACGUGCUCACAUUAUGGUAGGGCUUGUGGUGGCCGACGUGAUGGGAUUGAGGGUUGCGCAGUCUGCCGCGAACCUAAUCGUCAGAAAGGUGAGAAGAUGAGGGAGUGUUUGUGGGCAGACCCAGAAAAUGGCGUGGGCACCUAUCUGCAAGCUCGCGAAGUCCUGAAGAGAGCUCAAGCAGCAGAGCGAGCAGCACAAGGAAAGGCCCCGACAAAGCGACAGAUGCAGUUUCUUAGCGAAGCCGAAGCCACGCAAUAUCUUCGAGCACCCGAUAAUCUCGGCAUUGUCCAGCCUCCUUUCCCAGGACCUCCACCAGUGCGACGACCUUUGAACCUGCUGCCACCACCUUCAGCCGUGAACACCAGCCGAUCAAAUGGUACAUCUCAUGAUAAAGCAGCCUCAGGUUCCGCAGAUGAAAACGAUACCAUCGUUGUCAAUACUCCUACCGACGAAGCUCCUCGACGGCCACAAGUUAUCAAGCUGUACUGUAAGGAAGCACAAGCUAAUAAUGUCAACGGCAAUCACAGCAGCUCAGCCCCACCUCAAUCUCAGAAGCAAGAUUCGCCCCAGCCACCUACAGAUGACCACGGCUUUCGUGUUCCUUACUACGAUCCGAACAUGAACGCCUACGUACUUCCAGCUUAUCCUUAUUCGAAUCUGCUCCCACCUUAUAUGCAAGACAAAGUGAGCAACCAGUCAUACAUCUCACCUUACGACGCCUAUCCAUGCAUUCCCAUUGUAAUCUCCAACGUCAAUCCACCACAAACUGUCAACUACCAAGCAAGACCUCCACCUCCCAAUGCCAACUUCACCAAGCCACGACCUCUCGACAAGACCGGUCAGCCCGUCAGAAAGUGGUCAAGAUCAAACUCACAUGUCAAGAACGUGGGAGGCUACUCACUAUCUACCAAAGGCUGGACGCCCAACGGAAACCACAAGGACGGAGCAGAAACACCACAAGAACUACGACGAGGUGACAGCAACGCAGUGUCCACUGAGACCGGAACUCAUCAAGACGAUAGCGAUCACGAGAUUGAGGCCGGCGAGGACCACAACGACGGUGCAAGUUCAGACCUUAGCUCGGCCAUGGACGUUGACGUCGACAUGGAAGAUGGAGGCACCGAGACCACAGAGCCGUCCGAGGAUGCUGAAGAAGGACACGACGGAGUCAACGGUGUUACAAUGUCUGACUGA